CAUCAUAAAAGAGGUGGGGAAAUGGGGACCUCAGCAGCUCUGUCAUCUUGAAAGUCCCUGGAUACUACCAACUCUGGCACCUGGGAGGAGACUAAUUACUGUUUGUUGGCUCCCUCUCUCCCUCACUUGAAGCAGAUUCCGGAAAGCCAGGCUCAGAUGGGUUUGAAGAAACCUGAAGAGGUGACACCUCUGUCCCUUCCUACCUUAAUGGGGAAUUGAUGUCUCAGAACCUUUCGGAAAAGAGCCAGGCCUACCCCCGCCGCCGUCUUGAGAGGCAGAAGGUCGCCACCUCGGGAACCAUGUAUACCUUUCUGCCGGAUAACCUCUCACCCACCAAGCCCAAGGCAUCCAAAGAGCUGAGGCCCUUGCUGCUCUCCGGCGCCCUGGGGCUGCUAUUGGUGUUGAUGGCGGUGGUGGCCUGGUGCUACUACAGCGUCUCUCUACGCAAGGCAGAGCGUCUGCGCGCUGAGCUGCUGGACCUCAAGGCCGGAGGCUUCACCAUCCUCAACCAGAAAGGGGAGCAGGUCUUCCGCCUGGCCUUCCGCUCGGGCGCGCUGGACCUCGACUCUUGCAACCGAGACGGCGCACUGCUUGGCUGCUCGCGCACGACCGACAGCCGCCCCCUGCUCUUCUUCAUCCAGACUGUGCGCCCCAAGGACACGGUCAUGUGCUACCGUGUGCGCUGGGAGGAGACAACCCCUGGGCACGCCGUGGAGCAUGCCAUGUUCCUGGGCGACGCCACCGCUCACUGGUACGGCGGCGCGGAGAUGAGGACGCAGCACUGGCCCAUCCUUUUGGAGGGCCACCAGGAACCUCAGCCAUUCGUCACGAGCGACGUCUACUCUUCCGAUUCUGCCUUCGGAGGCAUCCUGGAACGCUACUGGCUCUCGUCGCGGGCCGCAGCGAUCAAGGUGAACGACUCGGUGCCCUUCCACCUGGGCUGGAACAGCACGGAGCGCUCGUUGCUCCUGCAAGCUCGUUACCACGACACGCCCUACAAGCCCCCCGCGGGCCGCCCCGCAGCGCCCGAGCUCAGCUACCGCGUGUGCGUGGGCUCCGACGUCACCUCCAUCCAUAAGUACAUGGUCCGGCGCUAUUUCAACAAGCCGUCCAGGGUGCCAGCUCCGGAAACUUUCCGGGACCCCAUCUGGUCCACGUGGGUGCUGUACGGGCGCGAGGUGGACCAGGACAAGGUGCUGCACUUCGCCCAGCAGAUCCGGCAGCACCACUUCAACAGCAGCCACCUGGAGAUCGACGACAUGUACACCCCGGCCUACGGCGACUUCGACUUCGACGAGGCCAAGUUCCCCAACGCCAGCGACAUGUUCGCCCGGCUGCGCGACCUGGGCUUCAGCGUCACGCUCUGGGUGCACCCCUUCGUCAACUACAACUCGUCCAACUUCGGGGAGGGCGUGGAGCGCGAGCUGUUCGUGCGGGAGCCCACCGGCCGCCUGCCCGCCCUGGUGCGCUGGUGGAACGGCAUCGGCGCCGUGCUGGACUUCACGCGCCAGGAGACGCGCGACUGGUUCGCCGGGCACCUGCGGCAGCUGCGCGCCCGCUACCACGUGGCCUCGUUCAAGUUCGACGGCGGCGAGGUGAGCUACCUGCCGCGGGACUUCAGCACCCACCAGCGGCUGCCGGACCCCAGCGUGUGGAGCCGGCGCUACACCGAGAUGGCGCUGCCCUUCUUCUCCAAGGCCGAGAUGCGCGUGGGGUACCAGUCCCAGAACAUCUCCUGCUUCUUCCGCCUCAUCGACCGCGACUCGGUGUGGGGCCACGACCUGGGCCUGCGCUCGCUCAUCCCCGCCGUGCUCACGGUCAGCAUGCUGGGCUACCCGUUCAUCCUGCCCGACAUGGUCGGGGGCAACGCGGUGCCCCAGCACACGGCCGGCGGCGGCCCGGGGCCCGAGCGCGAGCUCUACGUGCGCUGGCUCGAGGUGGCCGCCUUCAUGCCCGCCAUGCAGUUCUCCACCCCGCCCUGGCAGUAUGACGCCGAAGUGGUGGCCAUCGCGCACAAAUUCGCCGAGCUCCGGGCCUCCCUCGUGGCCCCGCUCUUGCUGGAGCUGGCCGGGGAGGUGACCCACACGGGCGACCCCAUCGUGCGCCCACUCUGGUGGAUCGCGCCUGGGGACGAGAACGCGCACCGCAUCGACUCCCAGUUCCUCAUCGGGGACACGCUGCUCGUGGCGCCCGUGCUGGAGCCCGGCAAGCAGGAGCGCGACGUUUACCUGCCCGCUGGCAAGUGGCGCAGCUACAAAGGGGAGCUCUUUGACCAGACGCCCGUGCUGCUCACCGACUACCCGGUCGACUUGGAUGAGAUCGCUUACUUCAUCUGGGUCUCCUGAUCCUGCCCCCUCUCCCCAAGACCCAGGAGCCCCAUAGCGCUAGUACCCAUCUUCAGGCAGGCCGUUCAUCCUCCAUCACAACCAUCUCGCGUAGCCCCAGGAAGUCCCGAGCCUCCAAGCAACCUGCACAAAGUUGUGUUACCAGAAAUUUGCAGGAGUCACUUGCUUAGAGCCAGGGAGGGACCUAGCCACCCACUCCUGAAGGCCAUCCGAAGUUCACUAUUCUGUUCAUACUCACUGCAGUUGCAGAAACUUCUUCCCAGGGGCGGAAGAGGGGGGCUCUUAGCAGUACAGAGAAAGGCCCCCUCUCUCCCAGUGACACAUGGCUGGGUUUUAUAAGCAGAGAGAAAUCUCACCUUCCAUUCUGCAGGAAGUGGUUAUUUUUGUCCUCUUGAAAUGAGGAAUUAAUCUUUUGUUAAGACUUCUAAAUAACCCUCUGCCACACUCAGAAGUAACACAGUUUUUAAUCUUUGGGAGAAGCCAUACCCUAACCUUCCCAGCACCUAUGUAAACACACUGACCUGGCUGGCCAAAAGAGACGAUGUGAUGUUUCGCCGGCCUAAGAGGAGUCUUCUCGGAGAAGCAAGGAGGAUUGGGCUCUGCAUGGAGCCUUCAUCGUUGGUAUUCAUUUAUGAAGAGAUUCCUAAAGCUGCGCUGACCCAUCUGUCAUGGACUCAGCUCAGGGAUGGGUCUUAGUCCCUAAGCGAGAACUUGCAAGUUCAUGAAGGUGCCUUAGCUUAUUUUAAGAUUUUGUGUGUGUGUAUGUGUGACAGAGAGAGAGAGGGGGGGAGGGAGAGAGAGAGAGAGAGAGAAAGAGAGAGAGAGAGAGAGAGAGAGAGAGAGAGAGAGAGGGAGAGAGAGAGAGAGAGAGUUGAACCUCUAAACCUCUAAAGGGGCUUUUGGAUUUUGUUGUUGCUGAGGUUUUGGUGGUUGAACUGGCCCCCUCCCAGGUGACCUCCCUCAAAUUCCCAUUCUCCAAUAAGAAAUAAAUAGCCCUUUCAAGAUUCCACCCUGCCCACAGCCCUGAGCCUAUGGCAGAGGUGUGGUCUAAAAGGGAGCAGUGUUCU